CGCGCACGCUGGAGGAGCUGAGUUGGAGGAUCAUGGCGGAACGCAGAAGGCACAAGAAACGGAUCCAGGAGGUGAGCGAGCCCACCAAGGAGGAGAAGGCGGUGGCCAAGUAUCUCAGAUUUAACUGCCCCACCAAGUCCACCAACAUGAUGGGCCACCGAGUCGACUACUUUAUUGCCUCCAAGGCCGUCGACUGUCUGCUGGACUCCAAGUGGGCAAAGGCGAAGAAGGGAGAGGAGGCGCUGUUCACCACCAGGGAGUCUGUGUUGGAUUACUGCAACAGACUCCUUAAGAAGCAGUUCUUUCACCGGGCUCUCAAAGUGAUGAAGAAAAAACCUGAGAAAGACACCAAGAAAGAGAAGGAAAAAGAGAAAGAAAAGGAGAAGACUAAGGGUGACAGCGGCAAAGAGGAGGAGAAAAAAGGGAAGAAGGAGAAAGAGAAGAAGAAAGAGUCUGAGGUGGCCGAAACCAAGAAAGAGAAGAGCGAUGACAGUCCGGGAACGCCGAAAAAGAAAAAAGAGGUGAAGAAGAAGUUCAAACUGGAGCCUCAUGAGGAUCAGCUGUUUCUAGAUGGAAACGAGGUGUAUGUGUGGAUUUAUGAUCCUGUUCAUUUCAAGACAUUCGCCAUGGGACUGAUACUCGUCAUCGCUGUGAUAGCAGCCACGCUGUUCCCACUGUGGCCAGCAGAAAUGCGUGUAGGAGUUUACUAUCUAAGUGUUGCAGCAGGCUGCUUCGUGGCCAGUAUAUUGCUUCUUGCUGUUGCCCGCUGCAUCCUCUUCCUCAUCAUCUGGCUGGUGACUGGCGGCCGCCACCACUUCUGGUUCCUCCCCAACUUGACGGCAGACGUUGGUUUCAUCGACUCUUUCCGGCCGCUCUACACUCAUGAGUACAAAGGACCACGAGCCAGCAGCAAGAAGGGCUCAGACAAGACGGACGAAAAAGACAACGGCGGCAGCAAGGCUCAGAAAUCAGACAGCGACGAGAAGUCAGACAGCGAGAAGAAGGACGGAGACGAGGAGGAGGAGGAGGAAGAGGAGGAGAGCAAAGAGGUAGAGGAGAGCAAAGAAGCAGAGGGAGAGGGGACGGGGGCAGACCGCCACUCGGACACAGACAGCGACCGUCGGGAGGACGAAGGCUCGCAGCACAGCAACGGAAACGACUUUGAGAUGAUCACCAGGGAGGAGCUGGAGCAGCACACGGAGGAGGAAGAGGAGGAGGAGGAGGAAGACGAGGAGACGCAAGAGAGGAAAGAAGGGGGCGAGAGUGAGACUAAACCCCAGACUGCAGAAACAUAAACUUCUUACAAUCCCAUCUACUUUCUCUCUCUCUGCCCUUCCCUCCCUUCCUCCUGUGAUCCCAGGACCUGCGAGGAGAGGCUCCAUCUCUUGUUGUUGAGAUCUUCCACUAAACAGACCAGUACCGGGAUAGACGCAACGAUGGAAAACGGCUACGACAAUGGGGAAAAAAAUCUAGAAGAAGCCUUAAGGUGGAUCUGAGUCCUCCCACCUAAAUGUUAUUUAUGUUAGAAUGAAAAUUGCCACCAACAUGUUUGCCUGAGGAAGCUGUCAACAAAAAAAAUCCACCAGACCAGCAACAGCUCUGAUGGAGGGUUUUCAUUUUUCUUUUUCCUUUUUUUAAGUUUCUUUUUGUGUUAUUUCAACUCAAAAUAUUUAAUUUAUUUCCCCUUUCUUUGGUUAUUUUCUUUCACCUAUUUUUGUUGAGAUAAUUAUGUUUCAUGCUUCACAUCCUGUUGAAUGCCAGUCUGAUAUCUUUCUCAGGCAGCCCUUAAAGCAGAUGGACCUGCUUUGAAACCCGAACCAAGCCGGACGGACCAAAUCCUGUACUCCUUUAGGAGGAACCUAAACGUCGACCAUGUUGUGGCUGGAUGGAGUAUUACGAAAGCAGAGUAGCACGGCUCCUUGAGUUACUGGUGGUUUUUUUAUGGCUGAUGAUCAUAGUGCAAUCCUCCUCACAGUCUGAAGUAGUUCAUGUUUAAUAAUGUGGGACUCAUCUUUAAGAGUAAAUGUGAGCAACUGGGACACAGCUGGCAUACUUCAUUUUCUUUUUUAAAAAAAGAUUGCAGCAUUUGUUGUACAACUAAAUCUAGAAGAUGUUUAAAGGGAUAGUUUGGAUGUUUUGAAGUGAGGUUGUAUGUGGUAUUUAAACAUAGUCGGUACACCCCCGGUUUUGAGAAGCAGGAUGGUGUCAGACAUGGAAGCUAAGCAAUGAACUGCUGUGGAUGGGUCAGCAACAAAAUGUAUUUGAAAAAAAAUACCAUCUAAAAAAAUCUGUUUAAGUGCACACAAUAUUGAGAGUUUUUUCAGCGCUUUAACUUUUUCGUCAGAUGGCCCGAUGUGACGGUAAAGAUGUCCAUUGAGACUCCACUGAGAAAAACGGUAAUUUUAGCUCACUGAACACAGCGGCUGCUGGUCUGCUGCGGCUUCAAUCUGUUAGUUUGUGUUAUUGUGUGAUUUUAUGAAUCCAAACUAAGUCUUUUAAACACCAGAGUCACAAAUAAACUGAUGUAGGCAACAGAAGAACCAGCAGCUCCUGUUUUCUUUUAGCUAAAAUUACUGUUAUUCUCAAUGAAGUUUGGCUUUGAAGAGAGAGAUAUAAUAGCUUCAUUUUCCAGUUAAAAUUUACUGACAUUAUGGCUAAGCGGUCUAAAUAUUCUGAGUAUAGCGCACUCUUUGUGUCAAUCAUUGUCACAAUUAGCAAGAAAUUAGUAAAAAGUUACAAAACAAUUACUUAAAAAUGGGUUUAAAAAUGAAGUAAAAACAAACAA